UUGCUGAGCAUUCCACCUUUCUGUCCUCCUCCCUUCCCCCAACGAAUGUGACCUUCCUUAUAGAAUACUAGAGGCCCAGCGCACAAAAUUCGUGCACUGGUAGGGUUCCUAGCUGCUGCCAGCUGCGGCUGGGGCCUCUCUCCCUUUCCCAGGCUGGCCAGCCCCCUGGUCUAACUCCCAGAAGAACUCCAGUGGGGGGGGGGGGACAAUUUGCAAUCUAAGCUUUUAUUAUAUGGGAUAAUUACCACUCUGGCCAGUUUGGCUUAGUGGAUAGAGCGUAGGCCUGCGGACCAAAAGGUCCUGCUUUGAUUCUGGUCAAAGACAGGGCUUGUGAGGGAGGUAACUAAUCGAUUUCUCUCUGUCUUGCCCUUUCUCUUCCACUCUCUAAAAAUCAAUGGAAAAAUACCCUAUGGUGAGGAUUAAAAAAAAAGAAUAUAAUUACCCAUGUUGUCUGUCGAACUGGAUUUCUUUUGUUUUAAACAUCAGCCAAUUUUCACAACUCUGCAAUUAUGGCAAUAGAGGGUAAGCAACCAUUUUUGUCAGCUUGACUUUUUUAAAAAAUACAUAUUUUAUUGAUUUUUUACAGAGUGGAAGGGAGAGGGAUAGAGAGUUAGAAACAUCAAUCAGCUGCCUCCUGCACACCUCCCACUGGGGAUGUGGCCGCAACCAAGGUACAUGCCCUUGAUGGGAAUGGAACCUGGGAUCUUUCAGUCCGCAGGCCAACACUCUAUCCACUGAGCCAAACUAGUCACGGCAGUCAGCUUCACUUUUAAACUGACCACUUCACCAAUAGACUUCGCCAGGAUUGGGUUUUGCCGGUUAGGCCAAGGUAACUGCAAAAAAAAUUAAUGGCUGAACAACCUUUUCUUUCAAGGUGGAGUUUGAGUAGAGAACAAUGUGCAGUAAUUUAAAGCUGUGUUCACAAACACAAUUGUACACAAGUAUAAGGAACACUGUGUGUUUUUCCUUUCGUAAAAAAAAAAAAAAAUGGUUGCUUAAACAAGUGGUUAUCCGUUAUGGUGUUGACAUAGGAAAAGGUGAAAUGCUGGCAACCGAAUAAAAGCAACAGUGCAACAGGCAGCUCAGUGGCAUGUCUGGGAUGUUCCUUGGAUGGACAGACUUGCUUUUCACUUCCUCUCAAUUCUGGUCCCGCCCUCUUAGUGUAUCUUCCUGAGAAUGUUUUUUUUUUAAAAAAAAAAAAAAGGAAAAAGAACAUAUUGGUCUUACUGCAAGCUGUCUUAAGUGUCUGCUGUUCCCUUCUUUUUAACGUCAUGGGACUGGGUCUUCCUAACUUCUCCAUUGUUUGGUGAGUCGCUUUACUUUCCCGUUGCUGCCUUCCAGCCCUCCGCGGGGGCUGAAAGCUUCCUAGCGGGGGUCAGUCGAGCACCAGACUCCCAGGGAGCACGGCUCCCGCCGGCCGCAAGCAGCUCCCGGACGCCCGCAGCCCGCGGCCUCUGCCCAGCGCCGCGCCCGGCCGGUGCCCGGACCCCUCUCCCCACCCGCUCCCCGCCGGCGCCCUGUGGGGCUCGCGGUGCCUCUGGUCAGUUCGCGGGCGCCUGGACCGGGACGCGCGUAACACCGCACCGAGCACGCCCCCGGGCGGCGCGGAGGAGAAGGCGGCGGCCCUCUUCGCGCCCCCUCCGCGCGCGGAGGGCGCGGUGGGCGCGGGUCGGCGGAGCCUCCAGCACCGCCCGGAUGCUGCAGCCGAGGGGCCUCUGCGGCAGCUGCGGGCGGCCCGGGCCGAGCCUGCCCUCGGUGCGCGCGGGGCGCCGGAAGGGGGCUCUGGCUUUCGAUCCCUCCCUCUUUCCCUCUGGGUCCCGGAGCGCUCCAGCGGCCAGACCCUCCUCCUCCCAGUCCCAGGUGCCAGCCGGGAGAGGAGGACACGUCUCUGCUCCCGGCACCCCGCCAUGGGCAAUACCUCCAACGACUCCCGGCCCGAGGACUGCGAGACUCGACAGUGGCUCCCCUCGGGCGAGAGCCCGGCCAUCAGCUCCGUGAUGUUCACGGCCGGGGUGCUGGGGAACCUCAUCGCGCUGGCGCUGCUGGCGCGCCGCUGGCGGGGAGACGCGGGGCGCAGUGCCUGCCGCGGGAACUUCAUCUCCUUGUUCCACGUGCUGGUGACCGAGCUGGUGCUCACCGACCUGCUGGGCACCUGCCUCAUCAGCCCCGUGGUGCUGGCUUCGUACGCGCGGAACCAGACCCUGGUCGCCCUGGCGCCCGAGGGCCGCGCGUGCAACUACUUCGCCUUCUCCAUGACCUUCUUCAGCCUGGCCACGAUGCUCAUGCUCUUCGCCAUGGCCCUGGAGCGCUACCUGGCCAUCGGGCACCCCUACUUCUACCAGCGCCACAUCAAGCGCCGCCGCGGCGUGGCCGUGCUGCCCGCCAUCUACGCCGUCUCCCUGCUCUUCUGCUCUCUGCCCCUGCUGAACUACGGGCAGUACGUCCAGUACUGCCCCGGGACCUGGUGCUUCAUCCGGCACGGGCGCACGGUGUACCUGCAGCUCUACGCCACGCUGCUGCUGCUCCUCAUCCUCGCGGUGCUCGCCUGCAACUUCAGCGUCAUGCUCAACCUCAUCCGCAUGCACCGCCGGGGCCGGAGAGGCCGCUGCGGACCCACCCUGGGCAGCGGCCGGGGCCCUGCCACCCGCAGGAGAGGGGAAAGGGUGUCCGUGGCGGAGGAGACGGACCAUCUCAUUCUCCUCGCGAUUAUGACCAUCACCUUCGCCGUCUGCUCCUUGCCUUUCACGAUUUUUGCAUAUAUGAAUGAAAUCUCUUCCCGAAAAGAAAAGUGGGACCUCCAAGCACUUAGAUUUUUAUCAGCCAAUCCGAUCAUCAACCCUUGGGUCUUUGCCAUCCUGAGGCCCCCUGUUCUGAGACUAAUGCGUUCGGUCCUCUGUUGUCGGGUUUCAUUAAGAACACAAGAUGCAACAGAAACUUCCUGUUCUACACGGUCAAAUGCCAGUAAACACACUGACCUUUGUGGACAAUAGCUAAGAAGUGCUUAGUUAGCCAGCAUCUGGAAGAUCAUUCUGAAAUGGUUCCUUGGAGAAAUGAGAAAAGUAGUUUGUAAACAAAAUGAAGCUACCCUAAUAAGACAGAGGAAAUCAACAUUCAGCAGUGGUUUAGGCUGCAGAGGAGCUGACAAGCACUUCCUGGAAGGUGUCAGGAAGAGCUAUGGAAAUCCACCCUCCGUGAGCAUGUUAGUUACAAUGGCCUUUAGAGGAACAACCAACUGCAUUAAAGAUAGGUUGCCUUUUGAUUUAAGAUUUCCUGUUGAAUGAGAAAGCAUGUGGUUUGUAAUCUGUUUAAAACCUGAGUUACUGUGUGUUUUCCAUUUUACUCUUCUGUGUUACUACUGUUAUAAACAUACAGUGCACAGUCAGACCAGGUAAAACUUCAUAUGUGUUUUCUAGGAAGUGGAUAUGUGGGAGCACCCAAGCCUCAUGUUCUGUGAUUGCUUAACAAACCCUUUCUUUGGACAAUGUGUUUGCGAAUCAUAGGCACUUUGUAGUAUAAUGUGUGUGUGUGUUGCGGGGGGUGCGGGGGGAGCGCUCUCUCCUCACUGCGGUGUUACUAGUAGAAGAGUAGACUCAGUUGGUUAAUGUCAGUUUUUUCACUGGUCCUCCGGAAGCUGUGUGUCAAAAAUAUCAGAUUAUUUAUUUUAUAAUGUCCAAUAGUAAUUAAGGAAACGUUAGGAAUUUUCCAAGAAAUAAUAGACUAGUAAGAGAAUUGAUUCUGAUUAAUACUCUUCAUUCUAUUUCCAGGGGAGAGUAUAUGUUGCUAUGUCUAAAGCCACAUAUUUAGGGUUAAAAACUGAAAAAUCUAGUCAAUUCUUCAGAUACACUGGAACCCUUUUAAUGCUGGUGUUAAGGCCAUGACUAACAUCUACUUUAUGAUUGUGUUGUAGCAAAAUUCAUCUGCCCAUAUUUUUAUCCAGGAAACAUGGUUAACUAAUACUACAUAGGAAAUCCUGUGUCAGUGAGUCAUAUCUUUAUAUAUUUCUACAUCUAAAUGUUUGGCCUGGUGUAAACUCAGCAUCAAACUAUUUCAGUGAAUUUGCACUGUUUAAUCAUAUCUUAGUUACUGUGUAAACUCAUCUGAAAUGUUACAAAAAUAAACGAUAAAACAAAAAUUUAAAAAUGAAAUAGUAUUUGCUAAAUCCUCCCAAAUAACAUUUAAUAGCUAGAAUAUUUUUUCAAUGAGAUGAAAAUAGAAAAAAAUUUAACUUGGCAGGUUUUUAAAGUAUGGUUGCAUUGUAAAUUAGAGUUUAAAAUAUUCAAUAUAGUACUUGGUACUAGAGGACUUUUUUUUUUUUUCCUUCCACCAUGAUCUUCCAAGUACUAGAACCAUCUUUUUUUUUUUCUAGUGAGUGUUAUUACAAGAUAGCUGUUAUAAAAAAAUACAAAAAGGAAUGUUAGUUUUUUCCAAAAUCUCAUUGAGUUGCUUACGUAAAAACAUUUCCUAUAAGUAGUUAUCAAACUAGAUGAUCACUUGGAGUUUUUUUCAAACCAUUCAAGGCAUCAGUGUAUUUGACACAAUCUAUGUCAAAUCAGCUCUUAUUUUAAAAAGAAUAAAUAAAUGAUUUGCUUUUCUAUUAAUUUAAACAAACCAGGCAAAAUUUAACUUAACUAAAAUCUGCACAUGUAAAUAAAUCUUCCCUGUCUACCAAGUAGAACUAAUUAAGCUCCUGGGUAAUUCCUAAACAUAAAAUUCUGAGGUUACUUUGAAUCCGGAAGAUUGAAUUCUUUCAUUAGAUGGGCUUUUCCCCCUCCAAAUGAAAAUGUUAACUACAUUCCUUCACCCCACCUCAAUGCCCCCCCCCCAAAAAAAUCUGGAAUAAUGCCUGAUAACUUUUUUAAAAAAGCAAACUUGGACAUAAUAUCACUAGUGAUGAUGUUAAUAAUUAAUAAAAUAAUUCACUCUGGCGGCCCAAAAUGUAACAGUUUAAGCCAUUUAUUUAAGAACUGGUAGAUCUCUAGAGCUUUAUUUCCUAGUUUACUCCUGUUUCUUGCACUGUUAAAUGACUAUUUCAUUUGCACUGAUAUAUACAUAGAAGGAAUUGAAAAUAAAAAUCCUAUGUAAUAGUCAUUCACCUACUAUGAAUGGUAAUUUAAAGGCAACAGAAAAAUUUACUAGGAUUAGAUAUAUGUGGAUAUUUCUUUUUUUAAAAUCCCACCGCAUCAGACAUACUUGUUUAGGUUUACUGAGUCAUUUUCAAGUUAAAUGAAAAACACUGAACUUAGCCUGGUAUAUUAAAGAACCAAAUUGUGAUGAAAGAAGACCUAGAUUUUAGUCUUUGCCCUCGACAGGCAGUGGAAUGAAAAGGGAGAAAGAAAGUAUAGUGGAUAUUCACCUCAAAAUGCUAGCUCCAACUUUAGGUGUCCAGAGCGGGCCAAAGCAGUCUGUUCUGAGCUGAUUUAUUGCUGGACAGUUCACUGUGCCCCCAGGUCAUCUUUCCCAGGAAAGAAUUGGGAAAUUCUCGUCCUAAAUUGUGGCCUCGAAUCUCCAAAGAUACUGUAGGGACUCGAGUUUGCUUAGAAGCUAUAGAAAGCCUCUCCAGAAGACCUGAACCUCAGAGAGUUUGAAUCCAGAAUCAGACCUAGAACCAGACCAAAGCUCUAGAAACAGCACCCACCCCAAAUCGCCAUGCUGGCCGAGGCUGCAAGCCCUGAGCAGCAGGGAGGGCAAAGCCUAGCCACAUCAUUACAUUCUCAGUGUAAUUCAGUUAAACUGUUAGCGCCCCUGCCUGCUCCUGUCAAUGCAUAUUGAAAGAAAGAUUGCUCUGACCGGUUUGGCUCAGUGGAUAGAGCGUCGGCCUGCGGACUGAAGGGUCCCGGGUUCGAUUCCAGUCAAGGGCAUGUACCUUGGUUGCGGCCGCAUCCCCAGUAGGAGGUGUGCAGGAAGCAGCUGAUCGAUGUUUCUCUCCCAUCAAUGUUUCUAACUCUCUGUCCCUCUCCCUUCCUCUCUGUAAAAUCAAUAAAGUAUAUUUUAAAAAAAAUUAAAAAAGAAAGAAAGAAAGAUUGUCCUCAUGUUAAUGUAAUGUCAUUUCUGAUUUGAACCAAGAAAAAAAACACACUGUAGUCAAGUUUAGAAUUUGAUGACUUAGAAAGUCAGGCUAAGACAAUUCGCUAGCACUUGAGCAGAGGUUUAUUUAUUUCACUUCUCCAAAUGUAGUGGUUUAAGCCAAUCAAAUGGUUUUCUGAAUCUGAGAAGAAUCCCUACUUGAGCCGUUCACAGAGAGAGAAGCAGUCUUGUCUGCAAAUGAGUGAUUUCUAUAUAUGGACUUACAAAGCCCUCUUAUACAGGUGGUGUUGCAACUUGAAUAUUUGAUGUCUAUUUUCUGUCUUCAUCAAACACUUAACUCCAUUGGAUUUCCUCUCCAAGGCACAUUUAUAACAUACCUCCAAUCACUAACAGCAUUAUAAUUGAUUGCUUUUAAAUUUACAAAGUAUUUGAUUGCCUGAGUGAAAUACACUAUGGAAGUAAAUGUUGUUUUAGCAAUUCCCCAAAGCUAUAGUCUAACUUAUACAGGGGGCCAAGGCCAUGCAUUGGGCAUUAAUUGUUUAUUUCAGAAAGUUACUCGUUUUUGUUCUGGUAGAUUGUGUAAUUUUUUUAUUGUAAGUAAAUUUCCUUGAAUUAUAUUUUUUUAUUCACUGUACAAUGUCUGUACUAUUAAAGGUCCGUUUGAGUGGUUUAA